GUAGAUCUUGGCACUGCUACUGUGGAGCCUACUACCGACGAGGAGUCACCACAGAAAAAACUGCAGCUGGACAUGGUUGAUGCAACCAUGCCCACCUCACAGUCCCCGCUGCCAACAAAACCACCUGCACCUUCUUCAGCCUCUCCGGAUGCCGCCUCCACAGCUUCCCCGAAGACUGCAACUGCCGCGGAUAUUGUCCCGGUUAGUGCGCGUAAUGGGUCUACGCCCAGUACCACCACUACUACCACUACCACCGCUACCACCGCCACCACCACUACGCCAGGCAAGUCGAAGGAGAGGACAGAAGCUGGCGCUACAUACACGUCUCCGAGACCCCAAAAACCCAUUCGACCUCUGGUUGCGCGCCAGCCCAAUUUGUGAGUUUUCAGGCCUUCGGUGA